AUGUCGAAUAUCGAUAAAGAGGGAAGAGUGAGACGGACUGGAAAAGUUUGAAUUGUGCUCGUUAUAUAUCUUCAUUGAGAUAAGAAAAAAAAAGGACACGUUGAAGAGAAGAAUUGAAGAGUCAUCGCCCACCAACGACAAGGCAAGAGGAGAAAAAGGAGCUUUCCAGACGUCUGAGAGGACGACCUGGGAGAGAGGGAAAGGACUGGUGCCUGGACGAGACAGAGGACAACGCAUACACUCAACGCCACGGACGUACAGGAUGACGCCGCGCUCUGCCAUCUCGAGGAUCCGCCUCCCGCUUUCCCCGCAACUCGCCGUUCCCAAGACCACCACUCCCAUCCGCGCACUGAGAAGAAGAGGAUACGCCAGUCAGUCGGAGGGUCAGGGGCAGGGGAAGUCUCUCGCGGGCGCAUACUACAAAUCCUUCGGCCUCCCCAUCGCGAAAUGCUUCCUCGGCGCCCUCUUCACGUACCAGGUUACCUAUUGGUUAUGGAUGAAGCUGGAAUCGCUCGAGGAGCAGAAGGAUAAGGAAGAGGAGAUACAACAGUUGAAAGACGAGUUGAAGGUCUUGUUGAAGAGGAAGGCCGAAGCGGAGAAGGCCCUGCUGGCGGAGCAAGGGACCAAGGCGGUGGAGGGAGAGAAGGCGAAGAAGAAGGGAUGGUUCUGGUAGGGAAAGGGUAUGGAUAGGACUUCGGAAAGGGAGAAUAUCUGGAAGAUGAGGAGAGAGAAGAUCUAUGUAUAUUACGUACGAUACCCCAGGUGAGGAUCAUGAGGUCACGAUUGGACAAAGUUUGUAUGGGUUCGGGGUCACGCGAAUGCCUAAGCGUCUAAGCAGGUCUGCUUUGGAACAGUUUGUUUGCCAUUUGGUAUCUCUUCCGUCUAGCUCCC